AUGCUUUAUCCAUCUGUCAGAGCCCUGGCAUUGGCAGCCAGCAUUCUUCCACAGCUGGCCCAAUCAUCCGGCCUAGAAACAGCAGCUGUCGCUGUGGGAAAGCUAUACUUUGGAACGGCAACCGAUAACCCAGAGUUGACGGACACUGCCUAUGAAACGCAGCUGAACAAUACUCAGGAUUUUGGACAGAUCACACCUGGAAACUCUCAGAAGUGGGACGCAACCGAACCAACCCAGAAUGUCUUCACAUUCACCGCAGGAGAUGUGAUUGCCGAUCUGGCUGAGGCCAAUGGCCAGAAACUGAGAUGCCACAAUCUUGUCUGGUAUGAACAGCUACCAACCUGGGUGACAAGUGGUACUUGGACCAACGCGACUCUACUCGCAGCAAUGAAAAACCAUAUCACAAACGUAGUCACUCACUACAAGGGACAAUGCUAUGCAUGGGAUGUUGUGAACGAAGGUCUCAAUGACGACGGCACAUUCCGCGACAACCUAUUCUACGAAUACAUCGGCGAAGCCUACAUCCCCAUCGCAUUUGCAACAGCCGCCGCCGCCGACCCAGACGUCAAGCUGUACUACAACGACUACAACAUCGAGUACGCAGGAGCCAAGGCAACGGCAGCGCAGAACAUCGUCAAUCUAGUCAAGUCCUACGGCGCCAAGAUCGACGGCGUGGGUCUACAAUCGCACUUCAUCGUUGGCAGCACACCGAGCCAGAGUAGCCAGGCAAGCAACAUGGCGGCCUUCACUGCUCUGGGCGUCGAGGUCGCAAUCACGGAGCUGGAUAUCCGCAUGACGCUCCCGGAGACGAACGCGUUGCUCGCGCAGCAAAAGACCGAUUACGCGAGCACAGUUGCUGCCUGCGUGGCUACUAGUGGGUGUGUGGGUAUCACGAUCUGGGAUUGGACGGAUAAGUACUCCUGGGUUCCGGCUACAUUCUCCGGGGAGGGCGCGGCUUGUCCGUGGGAUGAUGAGUUUGUCAAGAAGCCUGCUUAUACGGGUAUCUUGACUGCUUUGGGUGGUACGCCGACUGGUACGGCUACUUACACGCUUAGUAGUAGUGCUACUUCUACUGCUAGUACUUCCACUGCUACUACGACUGCUACUACCACAAGCUCGGGUUCGAGCUCGACUGGUGUGGCUGCUUAUGGCCAAUGUGGCGGUGAGAACUGGACAGGAGGAACGACUUGUGUGACUGGCUAUACUUGUACAUUCUAUAAUGAUUGGUAUUCGCAGUGUGUGACAGCUUAG